UGCGGGAGCGGUUGAGCGGGCAGCCAAUGGGAGAGCGGCGAGGAAGCGCCUUUCGCUGGAGACGGCAGUUGAGGUGGGGGCGGCGCGCAGACAAUUGCGUGUGGAAGGCUGCUGUUCAAGGCUGCCCACUUCAUGCCCUGCGAGACGGGCAUAGAGAUUGCUGGGCGCAACAUGGCCAAGCUGCACGGGCUGCAAGCGGACUAUGUUUUCCGUGGUGUUGAGCACAUUGUCCGGAUGUCGGUGGACGGGAACCUUCUGGAAGUAGAAGUGGAGGACCGGCUCACCACGGACCAGUGGCGGGGGGAGUUUGAUGCUGCUUUCAUUGAAGACCUCACUCACAAGACUGGGAAUUUCAAGCAGUUUGGGAUCUUCUGCAGCAUGCUAGAGUCAGCCCUUUCCCAGAGCAGCGAGUCGGUCACACUGGACCUCCUCACUUACACAGACCUGGAGUCGCUGAGAAACAGGAAGAUUGGAGUGGGUCCCCGGCACAUGGCAGCUGCCAAAAACUCCCCACUGAGCUCCAAGCGCUACCUCAUCUUGAUCUACUCGGUGGAAUUUGACAGGCUGCAGCACACCUUGGAGGAGAAACAGUCAGUGGAGACGGUCUUGCUGGGCCUUCAGGAGGAGCUGAAGCUCACCAACAAGAGCAGCGCCUUCAAGGAGGUCAAGAUUCUCAAGAAGGUCGUGCAGAGCCUCGAGGAGGAGCUGACCAAGGAGAAGGCGAAGCACCAGCGGCUCACUAACAAGCGCCUGCAGGAGAGCCGGCAACUUGCCGACGAGCUGGCGGAGAUGAAAGCGACAGAGAGGAGCCUCCGGAUUCGCGUGAAGAACCUGACCAACGAGCUGGCCUUGUACAAGAAAGGGCGCUUCACCCCCUCCGGACCAUCUCCCCAGAACCAUCCUGCGCCUCCUCGCAAUUUUGCGCACCCCACCCUGUCCCGAGGCAGCACCAAGAAGAAAGACGUACGCCGCUCCACCUCGGAGGAGCGCUCAAACUCCCGGGAGCGCAGUGGCGCCUGGGGGCCAAGCCGGCAGAGGUCCACCUCCAGGGAGGGGCACAACGGGAGCCAGGGCCGCCUCCCUCGACAGUCCCCGUCUCCUACAGGACCCCGGGCACCACGCUUUGACCCCACCGCCUUUGUGAAGGCCAAGGAGAGGAAGCAGAAGGAAGCGGAGCAGAAAAAAGAGCGAUGCCUGCGGCGGGGGAUGGGAGACACCCCACCCAGUGGUUGGUGCCACCGCAUGCAGUCCAGGGGCCCAUCGGCUUUCAGCACCAGCGGUCUUGGGAAAAGCCGGGGCAGGAGUUCUUCAGUGGAAAGCUUCCGCAGUCGGCGCUCAUCCGCAAGCUCGGGGAGCGAACUGGACGAUUACUCUGAGCCUGCUGCCCCAAGGGGGAGGAAGCGAGCGGUGAGGGGCAGGAAGCCUCUGAGUUCCUCGUCCUGGAAUGGCAGUACCGUGAUUCCCCACACGGAUGGUGGCCACAGGAAGCACCUGGCCAGCACACCUACCACAGGCCUGCGAGCGGACAAAGAGAACCUAUACGACGAGCCGGCGGCUGACCUCUCAGAGAUUGACGCUCGGCUGCAGGCGCUGCAGGAAUACAUGAAUAAACUUGAGACCAGAACAUAACCCCUGGAGUAGAACAAAUUAAGAGGGCCUCUGGGCCAGAAUACAGGGAGCCUCCUUCCCCCACCCACCCCGGUUUGGAGUCCUCUUUCGGGUUUCUUUAGACAGAGUCAUGGGCCUGAAAGAGAUGGUGGUGGGAAGCACGGAUUUGUAAACAUUCAUGUACAGCAAGCACACACAAAAGUGGGUGCCUUAAGGGACUAGAAGCUUCAGAGCCCCCCCCCCCCCGUGCUGCUCUGAUGCUGCUUAGGACCUGAUCGAUGUGUAGCUUGCUCGACAUACAGGAGGGCAUUGAACCCUUUAGCCCAGGCAUCCCCAAACUUCGGCCCUCCAGAUGUUUUGGACUACAAUUCCCAUCAUCCCUGACCACUGGUCCUCUUAGCUAGGGAUCAUGGGAGUUGUAGGCCAAAACAUCUGGAGGGCCGCAGUUUGGGGUUGCCUGGUUUAGCCUUACUUAGUCCUUUUGUAUCCAAUCUUGCCUUUUAAAAAGGGGGAGAUGGAGCACCCCUUGGCCAUCAGAUCAUCCUUCUUUAAGACUCCCCUCCUAAUUCCACCUGCUCUCUUACCCCUUUAGUUCUGAGCCUUUAAGAAACCAGGGUGUGCAGCUUGAGGUCAAAAUUGGGCUCUCCCUCGCUGCUUGCUCUCAGGAAGGCCUUCCUGAGACAAAGAAAAUGACUUCCCUUUUACGGAGUCGCUCUCUCCUUCCAGUUGCUUCCAGGCCCUCUCUGGCAUGAAGGUGGUAGCUGCUUUGGGGGCACAAAUUCAGAUCUCUUCCUGGGGUGGGGAGAAGGGAAGGAAUUUCUUGGCUCAAAAAUAUGGCCAAGUGAGAGAUUGCAGGCUUAGGCGGAAAAUCUUUGGGCUGCCUGUGAGAGAUCCUAGUAGGGAAUGGUUCCAUUCACCAGUUUUACUUCUCAGCUAGGCACCAAAGGGAAGCUGAACUGACAAAGCCACUGGCUUUAACAUUUUCCUUUUAAAGAACUGCUUUUGCCCAGCCUCUUUAGGCCUAGUAUCUCUUCUGGGUUGGAUGGUGAUGUGUUAAACAGCAUCCUUGUUCCCUCGGCUGUGCAGUUGGGAGCCUGUUCCCAGUUGUGACAUAUCCUUUUGGCCUGUUUUGACUGCUCGCUUGAGCCAGGCACCUUUGCAAGGGGCAAAUGCAGCUGGGGGUUGUGUCAGUCUGCCCUCAAGCAGGCUGGUUCGUAAACCUUUAUGUGUGGUCUCUUCUAAACAUUCCAUGAAAUUCUCUCGACAACAGUUUUUAAUGGAUGGUGGUCGUCUCUUUUCCCUGUCUGCCUAUCUCCCAGUGUGUCUCUUGCUGUGUGCAGUGAUCCUAUUUUGUAAAUAAACACUUUUUUCCCUAACACACCGGUCUCCGUCUGAUCCACUGGUAUCUUGGCACUCCUGUGUUCCCAUGCUAGUUUAAGAAGAACCUAACAGAUCAGACAAAACGUCUGUCCAGCCCAGCCAAAUCCCUCUAGGAAAUCCAAAAGGAAGAUAUCAGGGCAGUAGAGUGCUGCUGCUGCUGCUGCUGCUGCUGCUGCUGCUGCUCCUCUCUGAUCCUGGAAGGCUGUUGCCAUCCGUCUCGAAAAACAAUGGAGUGUGCUUAUAGGGGUGAAGUCAAACUGCUGUGUGAGCAGCAAUGAAGCACCAGGAGUGCAAGCCUGGGCAAGGUGUCUGGACGUCCCAAGCUCUCCAGUCACAGGCACGGGAGAGCAAGCUGGUGGAGGCUGAAAUGCUCUUUGCACAUGUUCAGAGGGAAAUGCUCUGAAACUGCUUUCCCCAGGAUCAAGCCCCAGCCUUCAAAAUAGGUUUGUCGUCUUCCUGUUGCUGCAUCAGCUGGCAAAGUGAGGGUUAAAGAGCAUCUGUUGUUCAAGAAGAGGAGGUGGAAUUGACAGAAAAGGCCAGUCUCCUGAAAUUCAGGCUGUGUAUAUCUGAGGGCUGGAAGGAAGCGAAGUGCAACAUGGGAGCAACUUUAAAUGGAGAGCGCUAGACUAGGAUAUCUUCAGUUUUAAUCUGGCACCCCCGGUGCCUGCAGAAGUUCUCCUAACCCAGGUAAGCUAUAUAAUGAUGACUGGGUCCAUUAUUUAAAAACUUGCUGCUGAGCGACUAAAUCUGCACAUCAUCAAUUCUUCGGCGCUGCUGAUGUACCAGUCCAGCAUCGCAUUGUGCCACUGUGUGAUGCCUGGCAUUCCAACACGUUUUCUGUGUGUUUCUGUGAUGGUGAGCGCAUUAAAUGCCCUUUUCAAGAUCACAGACCUUGUUGUUUUCCUUCUUAUUUUUAACAACAGCUCUGCGGGGUCGGACCAAAAUGGGUCUGCCUCUAGUAUAGCGCCUCUGCAGGGCUUCUCAAGGCAGUCAGCUCAUCUGCUUCCAGAAAGUCCUCUCCCAGCUGUUGCCCCAGACACUCUGAGCAGCUUCCAACAUAUAUAACAAUACAUUUUAAAACUUCCCUAUACAGGGCUGCCUUCAGGUGUCUUCUAAAGGUUGUAUAGUUGCUUAUCUCCUUGACAUUUGAUGGGAGGACAUUCCACAGGGACGGCACUACUGCAGAGGAGGAAGACACUCUCUUACAGAGCCACAGCCGUUGCUCCUCUGGCUGCUUUUUCACAUCCUUGCCAACGUUAAGGGUCUCUCAUUGCUCUGCCCUCUUUGGCCUCCUGCCUCCACCGAUAGGCGGCCACCGAAGGGUUCUCCAAGAGGCAAAUGUGGCCCUUGUCUGGAACAGUUUCCCCAUCCCUGUGAAGUGAGGUGUCAAAGGCUACCCAGACGCAAGACAGCAAUCCUCUCCCCUGCUUUUACAGCCGCCUCAAGCCUCCGUAAUAAACAGCCAUGGAUUUCCUCCCUCCUGCUUCAAGGAGAUAAACGGCACUGGCAAUUGAGGGUCCUGCUACUCGCCUGAUGUGAGGAAGGCAAUUUCUGGCUUGGCUGACUUUGAUUGUCGUCUUCCAAGGACCUGAGGGAUGGCUCAAAAGAGGCCUGGCUGAGGAGUCCGGGGAGAAAAGAGAGACGCUGUGGGAGAGAAAAAUACCAAAAUGCCACAAUUAAGCAUAUUUGCAGAACUGCCGUUGAUAUGGCAAUGGACGUGACGAUCAAUGGUGCCUAUGGCACGAUUUAUCCACCACCAAGGGACGCGGGUAGUGCUGUGGUAUAAACCACUGAGUCUCUUGGGCUUGCCGAUCAGAAGGCUGGCAGUUCGCAUCCCCGUGACAGGGUGAGCUCCCAUUGCUCUGUCUCAGCUCCUACCAACCUCACAGUUCGAAAACACGCCAGUGCAAGUAGAUAAAUAGGUACCGCUGCAGCGGGAAGGUAAACUGCAUUUCUGUGCACUCUGGUUUCCGUCAUGGGAUUCUGUUACGCCAGAAGCAGUUUAGUCAUGCUAGCCAGUAAUCCAUCAAACAUUAAAAGCUUCCCUAAUCAGGGCUGCCUUCAAAU